CCUCUCGCUUCUCCCUGAUAACUCUGAGCUCGCUCCUCUCUCUCCUGCCAUGAUUGCCAGACAGCAGCAUGUCCGAGGAGGGUCCCGAGGCUUUAGCGGUGGCUCAGCCAUUGUAGGUGGCAGCAAGAAGGCUGCUUUCAGCUCCAUCUCCACGUCUGGGGGUGCAGGCCGCUGCUCCUCCGGGGGCUUCGGCAGCAGAAGCCUCUACAACCUUGGGGGGAACAAGAGCAUCUCCAUCAGCCUGGCUGGGUUCCGGCAAGGCGCUGGCUUUGGGGCUGGUGGCUUUGGUGCCGGUUUUGGUGCCGGCGGUUUUGGUGCCGGCAGCUUUGGUGUUGGACUCGGGGGCUCCUACGGUGGACGGGGUGGUGCUGGUUUCCCCGUCUGCCCUGCUGGGGGGAUUCAGGAGGUCACCAUCAACCAGAGCCUGCUGACCCCACUCCACGUGGAGAUCGACCCUGAGAUCCAGAGAAUCCGGACCGAGGAGCGGGAGCAAAUCAAGAUUCUCAACAACAAGUUCGCCUCCUUCAUCGACAAGGUGCGGUUCUUAGAGCAGCAGAACAAGGUGCUGGAGACCAAGUGGAACCUCCUCCAGCAGCAGACGACCACCACGUCCAGCAAAAACCUUGAGCCCCUCUUUGAGGCCUACCUCAGUGCCCUGAGGAGGCAGCUGGAUGCCUUGACCAAUGACAAAGGACGCCUGCAGUCUGAGCUGAAGAUCACUCAGGACAGUGUGGAGGACUUCAAGGCCAAGUAUGAAGAUGAGAUCAACAAACGCACAGCUGCUGAAAAUGACUUUGUGGUCCUCAAGAAGGAGGUGGACGCCGCCUACAUGAACAAAGUGGAGUUGGAGGCCAAGGUGGACGCUCUUAAUGAUGAGAUCAGCUUCCUGAGGGUUCUCUAUGAUGCGGAGCUGUCUCAGAUGCAGACCCAUGUCAGUGACACGUCCGUGGUCCUGUCCAUGGACAACAACCGCAACCUGGACCUGGACAGCAUCAUUGCUGAGGUCCGGGCCCAGUACGAGGAGAUCGCCCAGAGGAGCAAGGCCGAGGCCCAGGCCCUGUACCAGACCAAGGUCCAGCAGCUCCAGACCUCAGUUGAUCAACAUGGUGACAGCCUGAAGAGCACCAAGAAUGAGAUUUCAGAGCUUAACAGGUUGAUCCAGAGGCUGCGGGCUGAGAUCGAGAACAUCAAGAAGCAGUGCCAGACUCUGCAGGCAUCUGUGGCCGACGCAGAGCAGCGUGGGGAGGUGGCCCUGAAAGAUGCCUACAGCAAGCGCACAGAGCUGGAGGUUGCCCUGCAGAAGGCCAAGGAGGAGCUGGCCCGGAUGCUGCGAGAGUACCAGGAGCUCAUGAGCGUGAAGCUGGCCUUGGACAUCGAGAUCGCCACCUACCGCAAGCUGCUGGAGGGCGAGGAGUGCCGGUGA